UUCCUUUCUCUCUCUCUCUCUCUCUCUCUCUCUCUAUAUAUAUAUAUAUAUAUAUUCCAACUGGAUCUUCUCUUUAAUGAAGUCAAGCUACCAUUUUUUCAACUCCACAUAUCCCAUUUGAUUUGAGGUGUUGAGGCUGCUGAUUUUGUGCAGACCUUGCAACCCAAGGAAUAAAGAAAUGAAGUGUUUCUUUCCCUUCAGAAAACGCAAGAGCAAAAAAGAAGUAUCGCAAUCCGCUCCAGAAUUGAGAAACAAAAGCAAUCCAAGCAAUCCGGCUUUGGAUCGCGCGACAAAAUCUUCGAGUUCAUUGCCAUCUCCAAAGAGCAUACCAGAAUUGUACAAAGAAAGGGAGCAUAAUUUAAGAGUUUUCUCCUUCCAAGAGCUGAGGGAAGCAACAAAUGGUUUCAGCAGGUCGCUUAAGCUCGGGGAAGGAGGUUUUGGGAGGGUUUAUAAAGCAGCAAUCAGGCCUUCCGAUGGAGGAACGGGCAGUCCGAUUUGGGUUGCCAUCAAGAAGUUAAACCCUCAUAGUUUACAGGGUCAUAAGCAAUGGCUUGCAGAAGUUCAAUUUCUUGGCGUCGUAAAUCACCCGAAUUUGGUAAAACUUCUAGGGUACUGUUGUUUAGAUGGAGAGAGAGGGAUACAAAGGCUGUUGGUGUAUGAAUUUAUGCCUAAUAGAAGCUUAGAAGAUCAUCUUUUCAACAGGGCUUUGCCUGCAUUGCCUUGGAUGACAAGAUUAAAGAUAAUGCUUGGUGCUGCUCAAGGAUUGGCUUAUCUACACAAGGGACUCGAAGUCCAGGUAAUAUAUCGAGAUUUCAAAUCUUCAAAUGUGCUAUUGGAUGAGGAAUUCAGGCCAAAGCUCUCAGACUUCGGGCUUGCUAGAGAAGGACCAACGGGUGACCGUUCUCAUGUAUCAACCUCGGUGGUGGGGACUUAUGGAUACGCAGCCCCAGAAUAUUUAAAAACAGGCCAUCUUUCAAUCAGUUGUGACUUAUGGAGUUUUGGUGUGGUACUGUACGAGAUCCUAACAGGCAGGCGUGUCUUAGACAAGAACCGCCCCAUAUCAGAACAAAAGCUUCUUUACUGGGUUAGACAGUUCCCUGCAGACAGUAAAAGGUUCAGCAUGGUAAUAGAUCCCCUACUAAGAGACCAGUAUUCUCUUACUGCAGCUCAGAAUGUUGCCAAGUUGGCCGAUAGCUGUCUGAACAAUAACUCAAAGGACCGGCCAACCAUGAGUCAGGUGGUAGAGGUGUUGGAGCAAGCUCUACGAGAUUCACAAGGGAGCACCAAUUCUUUUAAGAGAAGUUUUGAGGUCUCUACAUCUAAAUUGGCGAAGCGGAAACCCAAGUAGAAUUGAUUGAUAUAAAGAGAGAGCACUAUAUAUACGUCCUACUUGUUAAAUAUCAGAGUGCACGAUAACCAAUACUACAAAUUAAUACGAAUAUUAUUAAACAAACGAAAAUGCCGAAACGGUUACAAAAUCUUAAGAGGCUACAUUGUGACUAA